AUGAAUAUGACUAGGAUACGACAGAUUAUUGCUCUUCGAAAAGCGGUUAAAGCUGGUCCAUUACUACCGCCCAUUUCGAAAAGGCCAUCAGGAAAAAUAGCUUUAACCGUUACUAAAAUUCAUAUGUUUGAAUUAAAGUUUCUGGAAUCCUUCGAUGUGCAGCAUUACAGCCGUGAAAAGCCUUUUGGUGAUGGGUCAUGCUGCAAGAAAGUGUCUGCAAAAGAUAUUCUCGAAAUCGACCUACAUAUUAGUGGAUUGAAAACCGAUUUAUUUUCAUUUGAUGAUGUAAUUUGUUUAAUAUCUGUAAACGAAAAUGGUCUAGGAAGCUCUUGGAAACGUGUUGCAACGACGGAGAUUAUUCACAAAACAGAUAUAAUUUCAAUUCCUAAUGCAUUCUCAGUGGAGUAUACAUUUAAACGAGACCAGCAUUUAAAGAUUGAAAUCUGUGACUACAGCGAAAAAAAAGUAACAAUUAUUGGAUCGACCACAUUUUUUGUCACAGAAGUUGUCAUCACUGCAAAAAAUCUUUCCAAACCAUUGAUCUCACAAAGCUAUGCAGCUUUUGGCUUUGGCGCACGAAUUCCACCAUAUUUUCGAAAGUCACAGCAAUUUUGUCUUAAUCUGGAAACGGAUCCAAAUUGUCAGGGAAUUGAUGGUUUAAUUGAUGCAUUCUGGAAAGCGAAUGCUCAAGUACAACCUAGCACAACUGCUCAUUUUGCUCAUAUCAUUUAUCAUCUCUCUAAAUUGGCUAGUAAUGUACGUAGGCAUAAAAACCAGUUACAAUGCCCAUAUUUUGUAUUAGCAAUAGUCAGCAAAGGAAAGAUAAAUGAUAUCCGAGAAACAGUACAGGCAACGAUAUUUGCAUCCAAAGCUCCACUUUCAAUUAUAUUUAUUGCAACAGAAGAUGAUUGUACGGAAAUGGAGCGUCUUGGUCUUUCAGGUGGUCGAAUUUCCUAUCAAAAUCGUCGAGCUGAACGUGAUAUGCUACAGUUUGUAGCAUUGACAAAAUUUCGCAGUAAAUUACCGGACAAUGAUAAAUUUUGGGAAUUGUUUACUGAACGAGCAUUACGACACAUUCCAUCGCAAAUGAUCAGCUGGUUCAUGAAAAAUGGCCAUAUUCCUCAGGAUUUCAAACAUUACGGCUCUUUACCAAAGCAGGGUUCGAGUGGAAUUUCUGGACACAAAUUAGAACACGGACAGGAAAGGAUAAAUGUGAUAGAAUGCUUUAGUGACCAAUCAGUCGAGGAUUUGGACGAAGCAGAAUAUGCAAGUACAUCUGAUUACUGCAAAGUUGAAAAAAAUCACAGCUAUACAGAAACUGAAAAUUUUUCCGCCAUCUCAUCAACGCCCUUCUUUAUUUCUAAAAAUGCAUGA